CUAAAUAAUGCUGAUGAUAUUAUAGCCCAAUUUAAUCAUUAUGCCAAAUUAUAUAAAAUCCCGUAUUGUUUAAUAUAUUACCAUAUUCUCCAAAAAUCUUUUGAUAACAUGCUAAAAUAUAAUGAUUGUAAGAAUUGGGAGCUUAAAUGGUGUGCAUUUGCAUUUUUAAAAUUACCAAAAAUUAUAACAAUGAUGACCAAAUUAAAUAAUGGGGUAGUCACUGCUAAUAAUUCUUUGUUACAAGCAUUCAAGUUAAUUGGUAAAAAUACAGAUCUUCUCAAAAAUUUGCAAAGCAAAUAUAAUGAAAAUAUAUUCGACUUAUUACUACAAAAAUUAUUGAAUAUGGAGACUUUGACUUCGGAUGAUUAUAGAAGUUUGGACUUUGUCGGAGUGAAUAGUAGCAAAGAAUCUAAUAAAAAUGAAACGACUCAAUCAUCUCCUCAACUCAUCUUGAAAGUUGAAUCGACAGUUGUAAACAUAUUAAAGACUUUUGAUUUAGAUUGCUCAAAAAACAUGGAACCGAUUUUAGAAGUGAUGUGCCAUACUAUCAUUAAAAACAAUCUCGAUAUAAUCUUACUAGUGGCUGUUAAUACUGACACGUUACCCGUAUUGUUUCGUAAAUUAAUUAGAUUUCUUGAAUACAGCAAGGAAGCUUUGGCUGAAGGGAGUAAGUCCUCCAAUUCAAGGGCUUUGCUAUACGAUAUCUCCUUCCUCAUCCUAAUCCACAUCAUACAAACAUACGGGAUUCAGUGUCUGGAAAGCUUUAAAGAUCCUUUGGCUGGAAAUAAAACAGGAAAUAUAGAUAUAACGAAUUCAUUUUUUCACACCUGGUGUCGCUAUUUUAUGGCCAUACCCCGUUACCAAUCUAUCGAUGCUUACAAAUUGACUAACCACCAAGAUCCAUUCAAACAUAGGGAUAAAAACAAAGUCGAGGCUUAUUUAUCCAUGUUUCUGGCGCCCAAUUUUGAUUUCAAAACUAUGUUAAUGAAAUGGAACGAUUUGAGUUGCCAAAUUCCUUACGUUUUUUACGAACUAUUUUUAGCCCUGAAACAAGGCGUCGUCAAUAAGGAGACACUUUUUGGAAUACUCGAUAAGAUAAAGCAAAAGGUGUUUUCACUGACCAUAUGCAUUUUCGUGUGGACUCGGUUUUAUCUCCCAAUAAUAGAUAUUGAAUUGUAUGAAUACGUCAAGGGACCUUUGCUCGAAUAUUUUCGAUUGGAUGUGAACCCACCUAAAGGCGAAUCAAGAGAUGCCGAAUCAAACAAUUGCUCUAAGAAUGAGUCCACUGCAAAUACCAAUUUUUUUAUGAACGAAACAAAUCAUAUUAAAAUAUCUUUCCAGGAUAGAUGGCUUCUCACCAAAGAGAUAGUUUCAACGAUGGACAGGAUCAUUCAAACACAAGAUCAUGAAGGAAAAAAAAUAAAAGAUAAUAAACAAUCCCAUCAUCAGGAUUACGAAUAUCUAUUUCAAGUUAUCAAAAACGGAUCGGAGGAAACCGCGCCUUACGAAAAUAUUAUUAACAAAUGGAAGACACUUUAUAGUAAUUUAAAUGAUCCGCAAGUGGCCCGAAACCUAAUUCAACCCUCACUUCUAUCCGAAUUAUUCGACUCGAUAAUGAAAGAAGCUCACUUCCUAAACAAGGUAUCCCAUCUUCAUCCCACUAAACCAGGCGGCGGGGUAAUAUUGGAUAAUUGCUUUUUGGAUUUUUUCAAUAACGAGAAAGACCAAAUAAUCGGCAUAUGCUCUUUGGACUUUAGGGCUUCCGCGCUCUAUUUUGCUCAUACUUACCACUCAUGGCUGACUAGAAAAGAUAUGAAAAGGGUAUUAAUGGAACCCUUUUCUCAUUUCCUCAAUGACAUAUUGAUAAGCGUUGUUUCUUCGGCGUUUGUUUACCUUCAAUGUUCCUCCUUGGAUAACCCCAUUCAAAUAUACAUACCUGAAAAAAUUUUGAAUCACUAUUCUUACAAGCAUAUUAUUACAACGUCGAAUCCCACUAACGAAAUAGUUAUGGAGUUGCUUGAUUUUAUAUUAAAACAAUUAUGCCAAACAUUCGCAAAUAUAAUUUCAACGAAAGAAAUCGACUCCUCUAGUUCGACAGUAUUAAAUUUUUUGUUAAAAAUUUCGAGUUUGGACAAAGACACGAAAAAUUACUUUCUCAAACACAUUUCCCACGAUCUGAUAAAAAACACCUUGGAUUGGUUCCCCCAAUAUUUCACAGAAGAAAUUAUAUUUUCGCUCUACGAUAUCAAUGAUAAAAAAGGUUUGGAACGAACAUCUCAAUUGUUAUACAAAUAUUAUCAGAAUCUCAAAUAAAAUUUUAUUCCAGAAUCAAUUGAAAAUUAAUAUAUAAAGGUAUUCUCUAGGGCUGUAUCGAUUCAUAUCUUUCACCGAUCCUAUCCGAUAUUCAUACUAAAUUUAUUCGAUAACCGAUCUGAUAUUUAGAAUUAUUUUUAUUUACCAUCUAUCUUUAGACUGAUAUCAUAAAAUAAUCAAUAUUUUCUAAGCAAAACUAAUAUCUAACUAUAAAUU